CUCGCAGUUUCCACACACAGGUGAGCAAGGAGAAGUCUCGUGCGUGUUUCCACAGAUUGAACAUCACUUUUCCAUCAUCGCAAGAGGAUCUUAAUCCCACUGAAAUAUUUAAAUACCACUCUUUCUUCAAUGUGCGAUGCCAAAAAGUGACAGCUGGCCAGGGGUCGUUUCGCAGGAACCCAUGUCUGGUAUGGACAGUGCAGGAAGCUGUGAUAGCAUGAUCAGCAUCAACUCUACCUUUAGCGACGACAGCCUAGAGCAUCUCUCUGCAGAGGAGAAAGCAUGUCUUAUGUUUCUGGAGGAGACAAUUGACUCUUUAGAUGUGGAGGAUGACAGCGGACUGUCUAAUGAUGAGCCCGACCGCCCCUCUCACGUCACGGCAGGAAAAAUGGCUCAGCACCCAUCCAUCCACCAGAACAAACUGGAGGCCCAUGGAGACCCAAGUAAAGUCUUGGGAAAAGUUCAAAGACCAUCUCAGAGGUACCUUGUGCCGACUCCAUUACUCGUUGCCACUGGAAAUGCCAAAAUGGAUACUAGACCUGGUGAAUUAUCUCCCAAAGCGAAACCUGCAGUGUUCGUUGAUUCACCUGAUGGGUUCAAAUCAACCCCUGACCAUCACCAAACAGCGCUGGCAGCUUUAAAAAGAGCAGGAUCUUCGAACGUAGCAACUGCUAAACCGAGUACUGAACCAUUGAGGGGGGACACUGAUCUGCCACCUUCUUUCAUACCCGAGCCUCCAGUUAGAUCUCGAGGAUCCGAGUCUAAACACAGUCCACCGAAGAGUUUAGAUACCAAGAAUCGCAAGAGCGUUACUCCCGAGAUGCUGUUGGGUUGGAUUCCUCCACCUUCAGACUUCAUGGAUGAACCAGAGAAGAAGAGAGAUGCUCCACAUUCAACGCUGAAUCCAUCUGUUGUUGAUGGACCACCGGAACGGACUCCCGAAAUCCCCAAAAUACAACGACACUCUUAUGGUGGAUCUACCAAGCCACAGUUGAUCACACCACAGGGAACAGAAAAGUCAAGAGCAUCGCUGUCUAAAAAUGAUAUUGAAAACCUGCGGCAGAAGGCCUUGAUGAAGAAAGCACCUCUGACGCCGGUGAUGAUUGCGCAACAUUCACAUUCAGCAGACUACCCAAGGACACCUUCGCCAUCUUCAGAGCAUCCUCCAGGUGAACCCAAAAUCCCACCACCUGUGGCACCCAAACAAAAACUCCCUUCUAAUAUUGUCCUCAAAAGUCACAAAGAAACCGGAGGUGCAAGUCCUCUACUCUCACCGACCGAUCGCACCCUGUUGGAUCAACAGAAGGUUCAUAAGGAGGCUUUGAGAAAAUUAGGCCUGUUGAAAAGUGAUGAGGUCGAUUCAAGGCCCGUCUCUACUGCUCCGUCGCCACCAUUCAAAUCCAAAGAUCUGAGUCCAGUAUCCCCUCAUAGUCCACCUGUGUACCCAACAUUUCCUACUAUGGAGCCUCUGGCGGACCGAUCCAGAAGCUCCACAUCAGGGGAUAUCCACCUACGAACAGACUCGACAAAACACAGAGACAUGUUGGAAACAGCUUUAAAUAAGCCGCCAGCACGACCCUACGAGAUCAAAUCGGCAUCCUUGGGCAGAACAGGCGUGGGUCUUAACAGCCUUGUCGUGGGACCCAGAACCCAGGCUUCCAACGUGACCAAUGUCGAGUUAUCACCUGGACAGUUGCGAAAAAGCCGAGCUCGACCUCACUCCAGUGGAAGUGUGAUGGAUGUCGAUAUUGACCAUUUAGCUAAUAAAUCCACCAAAUCGCUCCACGGUGCUUUGACACAGCCAACCGGUGAUGCCCAAAAGAUGCCUCGGUUCAAUGGGAUAAGUGUGGUAAUUACUCCGAACGGAAAAAACGGAGAGAACCGGCGUGAAGCUUUGAAGAAACUGGGAUUAUUGAAGGAUGGCAGUAGUCACUAAGUUUGUUUUACUGGGAACUGAAAUGGGUUCAGAAUCUGUUGUUUAUCUCGGGGAUGAGGAUUGUCAGCACUGAUGUGAAGACUCUCUUAUAUGAACAUUGAAAGGAUGCCAGACCUUAAAAAAAAACGCUAAAGUUGAGUUUAUUUUUUCAUCAUUAUUGCACUUUUGGUUUUGGCUUCAGGGUCGUUUGCAUCAUAUGAACAUAUGCACUUUGUUGUAAAUUGUUUUUGGCAAUGCAUUACAGCGUUAUCGCUUUAUUUUGAUUGAAAAUGUAAAUGUAGUUUGUAGUAUUUACAGCUUAAAGCUCAAAUCUUUAAUAUGCGGGCAUGUUUCAGACCGUUUGUGUUGUGUAAAAUCUCUGCUGUAUAUAUUUCUUUGUUAAAUGGUGCUGCUUAUCUCAAUGUAAAAUUUUUAUUAAAUACUUGUUAUUCGUGUUUAUGAACAUUCAGUUCAUAAAUUGAGUACAAGAAUUAAAUUCUUCAUGUUCUUUAUAACACUUUAUAUUAUUUAUAAAGGGAUUCUACGCAUGUCAAAAUUGGAAUUAAUCGGUUUAUCAGUGUUCAAAGAAAAAGUUAAUCUGACUAAACCAGCCUGAUCUCACAGGAGUUUAUAUGUAUUUUACGAGUUUGUAUGAAUUUUUAUGUAGUGAAUUGAUUUAAAAAAAACACUUCCAACCCCAACAUCACAGGGACGAAAAACAAAUUGUACAAAAAUGUAUGAAUGUGGUAGUACGAAUUAGCCAACUCGUAAAAUAUGCGCAGUUUUCCAUGAGACUGUUUAGGACUGCCAGAUUCAAAGAAAUGUGUAAAUAUGAAUAUACUGUAUUGUAAUGUCUAUAAAAGAAAGUAAAAACAA